UCCACUUUCCUCUCCAAAUGAAGUUCCACUAUGAUUUUAAUCUGUGUCACAGCCUACUGUACCAACAAGCCAAAAGCUUGACUCAACACCUAUACAAGUGAAUAACUUCCAGCAAGAACCGAGACACAUUUUACAAUAUAAAUUCUUGGACUUUCUCUCACAACUCUCAACUCUCUCUUACUCCCUUACAAUUCACUCAAUGUGUUUCCCGAUUUCUCUCUACAAUCUCUUGAAAAUGAACCGUGUCUUGAGUUGAGCUGAAAAAACCUCUUUUAAUAGAGGCAAGGGUAAAAUCAGAUUGUAACAAAAUUAACUACUAAUAUGACAGCUGGUAGUUCAUAUGGUUAAGUGGUAUGAUUAGUUAAUAAGGAUUACAAUUCCACACACAAAAUGCGACGGAAUAUCAGUUUCUUACUUGGUCUACGUGAGUAUAAUCACUACUACUGUUAUCAUCACCGCUUCAUUUUCAGCCAAAACACUCGGUUACUUCACUCGUUAUCAUCAGAUUCUACUCACCCUAUUGGCGAAGUGGCUGUUUUGAUUCAAAACAUCAUCAAUUUUCGAAGGCAAAAAUCGACCGACGAGAUCGAGCAAGCUCUUGAUCGGUGUGGUUUUGAGCUGACAGAGGACUUGGUUUUGAAUGUACUCCACGUGCACCUUUCUGACUGGCUACCCGCUUAUGUAUUCUUCAAUUGGGUCUGUAAAAAACCUGGGUUUUCACCUGGGUCUGAGCCGUACAAUAAGAUUCUUGACAUUCUUGGCAAAAUGCGACGUUUUAAGGAAGUGCGCCAAGUGUUCGACGAUAUGUCUAACAGAGAGGGUCUGGUGAAUGAAGUCACUUACGGGAUUUUGCUUAAUAGAUAUGCCGCUGCACAUAUGGUGGAUGAAGCCAUUGGUGUGUUUAAGAGGAGGAAAGAGUUUGGGUUCGGGUUGGAGCUUGACUUGUUAGCAUUUCAAACACUUUUGAUGUGGCUAUGCAGGUAUAAACAUGUUGAAGUGGCAGAAAACUUGUUUUACUCUUUUAGUAAGCAACAUGAGCUUAUUUACUCGGAUAUUAAGACAUGGAAUAUCGUUCUUAAUGGAUGGUGUGUACGAGGGAAUGUGCAUGAAGCCAAAAGGUUUUGGAGAGAGAUAAUGGCUUCUGGAUGCCACCCCGAUCUGUUUACUUGUGGGAUUUUCAUAAACGCCCUGACCAAGAAAGGGAAACUAGGCACAGCAUUGAAGUUGUUCCAAGCCAUGUGGGGAUAUAAAAGAUGCAACCCAGAUGUUACAAUAUGCAAUUCUAUCAUUAAUGCACUUUGUUUCAAGAAGAGGAUUCCUGAUGCUUUGCAGGUUUUUGAAGAAAUGAACGAGCGAGGUUGUCAACCAAAUGCUGCAACAUACAACACCCUGAUCAAGUACCUCUGUAAUAUCCGGCGCAUGGAAAAGGUUUAUGAGUUUGUGGAUGAAAUGGAACGAAAACAAGGCGAUUGUUUGCCAAAUCAUGUCACUUAUAGCUUCUUGCUCAAGUCCUUGAAAAGACCAGAAGAGGUUCCUGCCCUUCUGGAGAGAAUGGAGAGAAAUGGAUGCAACAUGAUUGGUGACACUUAUAAUCUGUUGUUGAAGUUGUAUAUGGAAUGGGAUUGUGAAGAAAGAGUGAUACAUACUUGGAAUGAGAUGGAAAGAAAUGGGUUGGGGCCUGAUCAAAGAUCUUAUACUGUCAUGAUUCAUGGCUACUGUGACAAAGGGAGAAGAGAUGACGCUUUGCGCUAUUACCGGGAGAUGAAAUCAAAGGGUUUGCAAUUAGAACCAAGAACAGAAAAAUUAGUAAAUUCUAUGAAUUUGAAUUUUGAUGAAAAGAAAAGCUGCAUGAGUUAAGAGUGACUGUAUUUCAGGGCAUAUUUGACAUAUAAACGGUGGAAGGAUAGAAGAAAAAUAUUACUACAUUUGGCUUUUGGAUUAGCUAAAUGGAAAAAGUGGUCUUCAAAUUGAGGAAGACAAAGAAGAAGCACAAUUAAGGUUUGUAUUUCUUUUGAAGUUUGAAUUUUGUCGAACCUUUGUGUAAUUGUGCCUGUUAGAAAGCUAUACAUAAUACAAUGCAUUUGCAUUUUGUGAACUAAUGGAGGACUUAGUUACUAA